GUCAAAUCACUCUUCAUUGUUCCAUUCGCAGUCGACAGCACAAGCAUGUGGGUCCAACUCGUCAUCGGCUCGAUCCUCGCAGCGUCCUUUGCCAUCUCGGGCCACGCCAUCUACAACCUCAACCUCGGCGGUGGGCCGGCGGUCCUCGAGUCGUUCCAGUACAAGCCACCGUCGACGUACUAUGUUCAUUUGGGCUUUCGCGUCGGUAUGCUCGUGCUGUACGCGGCCGUCUUCAUCGCCGAAGCCGAGAACCUCGGGACCAAAAUGAUCUCGUUCUACACGGUCUGGAACUUUAUCCUCCAGAGUCUCUACUAUCUCUGGGCCAUCAAGUACCAGCUGUCGACGUCGAGAUCGCGCCAGACGCCCGUCACGGUCACGCGCGAAGGCUCGCUCCUCAACUCGCUCUUCAACAUUUGCUUUGCGAAUUCGCUUUUGGUGAUUGUCAUCUACUGGGGUCUCCUCUACAACCCCAACAUGCGCUGGUACAGCUACAUCCAGCACGGCGGCAACACGCUCCUCUUCUUCGUCGAGUUUGCACUCAACGGCUUUCUCGUGCAGGGCACGGACGUGAUGUACGUCUCGCUCUUCCCCUCGGUCUACGCCGUCUUCAUCUGGAUCAGCAACGUCACGUGGCUCGAUGGCUGGUGGCCCUACCGCUUUCUCACGAUGGAGACGCCGGUCGCGCCGCUUUGGUACAUUGGUAUCUUUGUCGGUCACUUUGCCAUGUUUGGCCUCGCGCUCGCGAUUUCGUCGGCCAAAGCCAAGUACUUUCCUUCGCUCUGCCCUGUCGUUCAAGCCAACAAGCUCUUUAUGAACUCGAUCAACUACGAUACGAUUGCUUAAGAUACCUCGUAAUAAUUUCUUUUUAUUUCUCAUCAAAUAUCAAGUGUCU